GAUGAGAUUAAAAUGUCAACUUUAACCAAAACAGACAUAGUGGAAACAAAUAUAAAUGAUGAGUAUUACUUAAAAUUAUCUUCAGAUCCUGUAAAAUUUGAACCUGUGAAUGAUAUCACAGAUGUUUUUUUUGAUGAUUUUAAACAACAAGUAUUUGCUAUUAGAUCUGGAGGUGUUACAGGCGUAAUUGUUAAGGGUCUGGAAGAUAAUAUUAACUUUAGAAUGGAUGACAAGGGUCCAGUAAUUUCUAUUAAAUUUUCUCCUGAUAUGAAUAUUCUUGCAAUUCAACGUAGUGUAACAUCUGUUGAAUUUAUAAAUUAUAGUUCAGUUAAUGCAUUAGAUAGUAUUCAAUAUUCUCAAUCAUGUAAAGGAAAAAAUGCCACUAUCCUUGGGUUUGUUUGGACACAUGCUAAUGAAAUUUUAUUUGUCACUGAUCAUGGUGUUGAACAUUUUCAAAUUAUUCCAGAUAAGCGAUUUGUUAAAUCACUGAAAUCUUUAAAUAUAGCUGUCCAUUGGUUUAUAUUUUGCCCUCAAAGUUUUUUGAUGUUACUUUCUUCUGGACAUAUGGGAAAUCAAAUGCAAGCAUUAUAUGUUACUCCUGGAAAUCUACAUAAAAUUACAAAGUUUGAAAUAGAGACAAUUACAACAAAACCAGGAAAGCUUGCAGUUUCAGAAAGAGAUGUAGCACUUGCUGUUUUAUAUGGAAUACCUUGCAUAAUAGUAGUUCGCCAUCAGCCCAGUGAUAGUAUUCGUUCUGUUGGUUUAACAUUCCUUUAUAUAUACACAAUUCACAAAAUGAUGACUGUUAAAAAAAGUCAUAUAAUUAAACUUGACAUGAAUGGUCGAUUUGCAAUUAAUGUUGUAGAUAAUCUCAUAAUUGUUCACCAUCAAGCUUCGAAAACAUCAAUGGUAUUUGAUGUUAUGUUACCUGGUGUAAGUGAUGGAACUGUAAUUCAUCAUACUAGUGUUGCUCCACCAAAAUCAAUUAAACCAUAUAGUUUAAGAGUUCCUGGUCUCAAUAUAUCAGAAUAUGUCAAUCAAUCGUAUCAACUAUACUCACCUAAUUGGGUCGUUUUUCAACCAAAUAUUGUGAUUGAUGCUAAAUUAGGUUGCCUGUGGUAUAUCGAAUUGCAGUUGGAUAAAUUAGCAAAACUCAUUACUAAUAAAGUUCAAUUAGUUCAAUUUUUAAUGCAUCGAAAAAAUUCGAAGCAAAUUUUAAUUCAAUUUAUAAUGGAUCUUAUAAUGCAAAUGCCUACAACAUUAGUUGAUAUACCUAUAAUUUUUGAACGAUUAAAUUCAGUGUAUAGAAAUCAUUUAGAAAAUGAAAUCCAGAGUAUAAUGGGUACCCCAUUGCAAAAUAAUACAAAAAUAGUUCACUUUGUAUCUAAUAGUUUUAAAUACAAAAUAUUUAUUGAUCAAAGUGAUAUAUAUAGUCACAUUCUUUCCAAAUUUUCUGAGGAUAAAAUUGAUUCAAAAAUGAUUAUCUGGAUCCUUCUUGAGUAUAUCAGAUCUUUAUCAGAGCACGGGAUUCCAGUGCAACAUUAUAUUUAUGAGCUUGUAAUAACAACAUUAGUUCAUAAGAAAGCAUAUUAUCAACUACAUCAAUUGCUUCAAUAUCAUGUUGUUUCCGAUUCAAAACCUCUUGCUUGUCUACUUCUUUCAUUGGAAAAUUUAUAUCCAGCAGCUCAUCAACUAGCUCUUGAUAUGCUGAAACGUCUGAAUAUCGCACAUGAAGAAAUUAUUGAAGUUCUCCUAUCAAAAGGGCAUAUUUUACCUGCUUUACGUUAUAUUCGAAGUAUUCACAAAAGUGACGAUGUAUGCGCGCGGAAGUUUCUUGAAGCUGCAAAAGUGACAAAUGAUUGUAUUUUAUUUUAUUCUGUUUAUAAAUUUUUUGAACAACGAAACUUGAAGCUACACAAUACGACUGGUUUUGCUAAAAGCGAGAGAUGUCAACCUUAUGUGCAGCACUUUAAGAAAUUAUUUAGAACAAACACCUGAUGCAAGUUUAAUAUAAAUUCAGAAAUACCUUUGA